AUGAAGCUGUUUGAUGUCACAAAUGACUUGGUCAGGUCUUUCCGAAGAAUUCGAACUCAGCUGUCAGAUUCUGCCUCUGCAAAUCUCCGGUUGAGGAUUGUGGGCGCAAGAAACAUAGAUUCUCGCCAAUAUGAGCUUCCAACAGGAAAUGAGUUAGCAGGUCUUAAAAGAAUAACAAGUCUCAACCCAAAGUUUGAUUCAUUGCAUUUUCCUGUGCUAUUCCCAUAUGGUGAAGAUGGGUUCCACGUAAACAUACCAUAUGAUGGUGUUCAUACUCCACCAACUCUUAAACGCAAAUUUGUUACUCAACGUGAAUACUAUGCUUUUCGACUACAGCAUAGAGAUGAUGAGGGCCAGACUUUAAUGCGCGGUGGGAAAGCUCUGCAACAUUAUGUGGUCGAUGCAUUUUCAACUAUUGAGCAGAAUCGACUUUAUUAUUUGCGGUCUCAUCAGGAGGAUCUCCGAUCUGAAUUAUAUCAUGGCGAUGAUAUUGGUAAUGUUAUUCUACCUUCGUCCUAUACCGGCAGCCCUAGGUAUAUGAAGCAGUUGUAUUUGGAUGCAAUGGCUGUUGUUCAUCAUCAUGGCAGUCCGGAUCUUUUCAUCACAAGCGAGCUUAAACCAGAAAUUGUUGCUAGGGUUUUCCGUAUGAAGCUUAAUGCUCUGGAAGAUGAACUGAAUCGCUCACAAUUUUUUGGAAAGACUGUUGCAGCUGAGUUACCGGAUCCAGAACUUGAUCCAGUUGGGUAUGCUGCUGUUACGAAAUACAUGCUCCAUGGCCCCUGUGGUCACGAUAAACCAACAAAUGUGUGUAUGAAAGACGGCAAGUGUUCGAAGUAUUUUCCAAAACUGUUCAAUUCAGAGACUACCACAGACCAGUUUGGUUAUACAGUGUACAGGCGUCGUGACUCGGGAAUCACAGCAUCCAAAGGCAGUGUGGAACUAGACAACAGAUUUGUCGUUCCAUAUAAUAGGAACCUCCUUGUGCUUUUUCAGGCACACAUCAACGUUGAGGUAUGUCAUCAAGGACGCCUUAUUAAGUACCUGUUCAAGUACAUAACAAAAGGGCCAGAUCGAAAGCAGAAGCUUUCUCGGAUACUGGCACGUGAUGCUGUUACAGAGACGACUCUAACACAGUGGUUUGCUCUUAACCAGACAGAUCCAGAUGCAAGGAGUCUACUCUAUGCUCAGACUCCGAAUAAGUAUAUGUGGAACCUUAAGAAUAAAAUUUGGUCUAAACGGAAGAGAGGCUUUGCAGUAGGCAGGAUUGUUUAUAUUAACCCUGGUUGCGGAGAUACUUUUUAUCUUAGACAGAUUCUUACCAAGGUCCGGGGUGCAGUUAGCUUUGCUGAUUUGCGAACAGUGAAUGGUUUCCCAUGUCGAACAUACCAAGCUGCUUGUCAACGUCUAGGUUUGCUGUCUAAUGACGAUGAAUGGUUGCUUGUUCUUCAAGAAGUAAAUCAGUGGGGUAUGUGUGGUCUCCUAAGAUAUCUCUUUGUGUCCAUGCUCAUGUUCUGUGAACUUGCUGAUCCAUUGGCACUUUUUGACCAAACAUGGGAGAUGCUUUCAGAAGACAUUACGUAUCGAUGUCAGCGUAGUGUGAAUUUUAAUAAUCAUCUUAUCCCGCCGGAUCUGCCAAAGAAUUCUUUAUUGUGUGAAUUACAGCGUAUGUUGGCUUCUUAUUCCACAACACUUUCGCAUUUCAACCUCCCAUUGCCUACGGUCCAAAUCCUACCUGCCAAUGAGUCCAUGUAUUCUGAAUUUCACCUGCAGCGUUCUGCUUCUUUGGAAUCUGCCUCUCCAAUUCCCAAUUUAUCCUGCCUGAAUGAACAACAAACAGCUGCAUUUCAUUUGGUAGUUGAUUCUGUUAUCUCGCCUGUACCGGAUGCUGCCCAUUUCUACUUUCUGUAUGGACAUGGAGGAACUGGCAAAACUUUCCUCUAUAAGACAAUUCUUGCACACCUUAAGGAACUUGGCAAAAUUGUCCUUGUGGUCGCUUCUUCCGGUAUUGCUGCAACUCUCCUUCCAGAUGCAUCCACUGCGCAUUCUCGGUUUAAGAUACCAUUGGAAAUUGAUCAAGCUUCUUCAUGCAACAUAAAGAAAGGUACGCAGCUUGCUCAGUUAAUACUCGAUGCAUCUCUUAUUAUAUGGGAUGAAGCACCGAUGGUGCAUCGCUUAUCGUUUGAAGCAGUCGAUCGUGCUUUUUGUGAUAUCAUGAAUGUACCUUUUACUGGGAUUCAUUACCGACCAUUUGGAGGGAAAGUCAUGCUGUUGGGGGGCGAUUUCCGACAGACACUUCCGAUUGUAGCUGAUGCUGGGAGAGAGGAAAGUGUUGAUGCAUCUUUAACUUGCUCUUACUUAUGGAGUACCUGUACUGUUCUCCAGUUAACAGAAAACAUGCGCAUCACAACUUCUGCUGGAAAUGAAUCCGUUACGUUCAAUGGGAUGGACUUUGCAACAUGGACUCUUGCUGUGGGUAAUGGAACAGUACCAGGAAAGUGUUUCCACCAAAAUCAGCCGGCUGACUGGAUAGAGAUUCCACCACAAUUAUUGAUUUCUGCAACUGAAGCACCUAUUCAGACAAUGGCUUCUGAAAUUUACACUGAUUUUGCAGCUCGCUUUCACAGUGCUGCAUACUUAACUGAGCGCUCCAUAAUUACACCGACCAAUCGGAAUGUGACAGAGAUCAAUUCCCAUAUGCUUGCAUUGGUUCCAGGUCAAGUGCGUACUUAUUUCAGCAGUGACACUUUACACACUGAUGCAGUUGAUCCAUCUUGGCUCGAAGCAGAAUACCCCACGGAAUUUCUUAACGGUUUAUCCUUCAAUGGAUGUCCUGAACACCAGAUUGAUUUGAAGGUAUUCACACCGAUCAUGCUGCUUAGAAACUUGAAUCCAGAAAUAGGAUUAUGCAAUGGAACCCGUCUUAUGGUCGUUUAUCUAGGUCAUUAUGUGAUCAAAGGAGUUAUUAUGGGUGGGACAUUCAACGGCAAGACUGUUGCAAUACCAAGAAUUGUUCUGAAUAUCAAUGACCGACGUUGGCCAUUUGUUCUUAAGCGGCGACAAUUCCCUGUCAGACUUUGCUAUGCCAUGACGAUAAACAAGAGCCAAGGCCAGACGCUAAUUAGUGUUGGUGUGUAUCUUCCAAAACCUGUUUUCAGUCAUGGACAAUUGUAUGUGGCUGUAUCACGUGUCAGAUCAGCUAAUGGCCUGCGAUUCCUUAUUGUGAACGAAGAUGACAUUCCAGCCAAUUAUACUCGCAAUAUCGUUUACGAAGAAGCAUUUGCAGAUCUACAACUUUCUGGAGAUUUUGACCUGAACUUUCCUUAG